AUGCCCCGAAAGCAGUUCAUUGCCGACGUCCAGGUCGCCGCGGACAAGAACAUCUUUGGGAUCUCCAGCGUUGUUCGGGGUGACGAUGAUGGCGAAGUCGUUGCCUGUUUCGUUCCUCCCACGGGGGCUUCCAUAGAGAUUUCAUUAUUGGCUCAACCUGAUGUCGGUUCGUACCCUUCGGAGAGCAUGUUUAUGGUCUUCACACAGGCCGAUCUUCCCCCAGCUGCUACAGCCGCUCUUGGGACCGUCUCCGAUUUUUCUGCUGGCAUGCGUCUUCCAGAACUGAUUACGACCCUUUCCCAAAAGCUUCAUGGUGCUUUUGCUACUGGUUCACGAGAGGCUCCGUAUAGUAUCGACGAUGGAUCAGAUGUAUCAAUGGGAGGCGUCAAUGGGAAUGGCAGCUCCGACGAAGAAUCCGACGAAGAUCCGUAUGCGGCCUACGAUAGCGGCCCUGAUGACUUCAUCCCUGGAGACCCUGGAGCAUCCUCGUCCGCUACUUACCACCUCAACGUCGAGGCUGCCAAGAAACUUAAUCGACGUAUCAGACACGACUUGCGAGCGGCGAAGAUGGCCGGCUUUACCGUUGGCGUUUUGACCGGCAUGAAGGCCGAGUGUGUGAGCAGUCUGGCCAGCAUCUCCAUUCGAGUUGCUCAGCUCGGACUUUCAGAGGAGGCCAUCCAGGCUUGGGAUCUCGAGCCGCAAAAAUACAUCGUACUUCUUAUCCGCUAUUCGAGUGGUUACAAGACUUUCGAGGCUGUCAUCUCCGAGCCUGCGAAGUCCCACGACAUCGCCUUUCGAGUCGGAAUUUGCAAUAGGUACAAACCAACAAUUCUUGAAGCCCUGGCUGCGUUCACCGAUGUGACCAAGAAUAUGGGCAAGGAUGAUGAGGAAGAAAAGCCAGAGGUCAAUGAUCAGGCCGGUUUUGCGAAUCUAUUCAUCAGUAGCUCGCUGAACGAAUUCAUCACUCAACAAUUAAUCUCCCUCCUAAAGAUCCGAAACUCUGUGGGCCUGGGCUGGGAUGGAGCAAAGCGCUACUUCAAUGAUAAGCAAGGAAAAUUCGAUGAACGCGCCGCCGACCUUCCAUCAACCUACUAUGAGGAAUCGUCCGAGAAGGACAGCACUCUCCCCACUGCGAUAGCUGCUGAUCAUCUUACCGAUCAUUCAGCCAAGCAGAUCUCAUUCCCACUGAUUGUCGCUCAGUUUGCCAUGCGAUACUUGGUUCGAUGCACAGAUUUCUGUCUCGUUUGUCACGACAAGAUUGAGGAAGAUUUCGAGGCUCUGAAACCCUACGUGUGCAGUAAGCCACUUUGUCUUUACCAGUACAUGUCGUUAGGAUUUGGGCCAAGCGUCGAGCACGAGAUCUUGACUCAGCCAUACGUUGUCGACCUGCUUGUAAGCUUCUGCUAUGCAAGCGCCUACAACCGUCGACUUCGAGAAUAUCCAACUGGCAUGAGUCUAAGCGUCCCUCCAGUGACCAGUUCCGUAACUCGCGCUUUCGCCGCACAUUCUUAUUACCAACCUCAAGCCAACUCACCAACUGCGAAUGAAACACAGGCUGGACUUGAUGUGAAGCUUGACCUUAACCGUCAAGAACUUAUCUUUGAAGAAGGCCAAACUUGCCCAGUUCAGGCAGGGCAUUGGAUUGUAGUCAAUGUAGCUGGCCGUCCAUCAGACCAUUACCGUGUUGAGGAUACGUCUCUAUUCCCGACAAUCAAACUGUCUGAUCUUCCGGUCACUCGUGUUGGCAUGCCUCCUUCCCUGGAUACUAUGCAAGCAAACAUGUUGACAGUUCCUACACCCGCCACGACUCCUCCUCCUCCUGCAAUCGUGACUGCGAAGAUGUCAGUUUACAACCAGAAUUUUGAUGACUUAGAUGAGAUUGGCAAAGCUGAAAGUAUUGUGAUGCUGCUGGAGACUUUGCCGCCAGUUAAGGAGAUGAAGACUUAUCUCUUGCAGAUGAGCCGUUUCUCGGACCCCAGCCUUAAGACUUGGAAGGACCGUAUAUCGCCGGCUGCGUUGGGUAUGCUGCGUUGGAUCAUCGCAUCAAAUCGUUCAUGUUUGGUACAGGUAGAUAGGUGCCCCGGACAAGAUGACACCGAGGUCGUUAUGUCCAAAGUCAGACUUGACCAGAGAGUAUCGAACGUGACAGACAAUUGGGUGCAGUUCCGCUUCGCACAAGGCUCGCCGGACAAGGAGCAGAGAUUCCUGAAUGCCCUAAGAGCCCAACAAGCAAACUUCGACCCACAAUUCCCGUCCAUAUUCGCCUGGCAUGGAAGUCCCCUCCCCAAUUGGCAUAGCAUCAUCAGAUCGGGAUUAGAUUUCAAGGAAGUUUCACAUGGUAGAGCUUAUGGCCACGGGGUGUAUCAUGCACAGGAUCAGGCUGUAUCUGUUGGUUAUGCUCAGCCAAACCAGGGCAAUUGGCCAGGAUCGGCACUUAAGAUUACUUCAGCUAUGAGCUUGAACGAGAUCGUAAAUUGCCCUACCCAGUUUGCAAGUGCCAAUCCAUAUCUUGUGGUUCAGCACAUCGAUUGGAUCCAAUGCAGAUACCUCUUCGUCCAAGUCAGUGCCACAGAUGGUGGAUUCAACUGUGCUGGGUCAAACACCGUGAGCCAUACUUCCGAUCCCUCUAUUGAAGUCAAGCAAGAUCCGAAAUAUACAGCAACAUCAUUACUUCGUAAACCAAUCGGUGUUCCUGCAUGCGCGGUCAAAGUUUCGAGAGGUUUCCGCAUUAGCACGCAAAGCGAGACCCCGUCGAGCAAGAGACGUAAGAACGGAUUUUCGGGAAGCAAAUCGCCAAUGAUCGAGAUGAGCAUCGCUAGUGAGGGUGAGACUCUCUCUGAUCUCGAGUUUCUAUUUUCUGAAGACGAAACUCCUCCUGCGAAUGAGGAAGGUCUAUCAAAGGGCAAAUUCGUUGCAUUGCACGGCUCACCCAAGGUAAAUCCGAAGUUGACCGACUUUGUCCCGGGCUCCUUAGACCAGUCCAGUCUUCCUAUGUUGGAGCCACCGUCUUAUGCUACUCCCACAGCCACGAAGACCCUCAACAGAAAUCUGCGAGAAGUUCUAGAGAUUCAAAAGAAGACGCCUCUCCACGAACUGGGCUGGUACAUUGAUCAGGAGUUGGUCAGCAAUGUCUAUCAAUGGAUUGUUGAGUUGCACUCUUUUGAAGCAAGCCUUCCACUUGCACAGGACAUGAAGAAAGCUGGGGUGACCAGCAUCGUCCUUGAAAUUCGGUUCGGAAAAGACUAUCCCUUCAGUCCACCAUUUCUACGUGUCAUUCGGCCUCGCUUCAUGCCUUUCGCUGCUGGUGGGGGCGGCCAUGUCACUGCUGGAGGAGCCAUGUGUAUGGAAUUACUUACCAAUUCGGGUUGGAGCUCGGUUUCUACGAUUGAGAGCGUUCUUCUCCAAGUACGCAUGGCAAUUAUGAACACGGAACCUAAGCCGGCACGCCUUGAACAUUGCAGCAAGGCGCAUCAGCGGGAUUACGGUACCGCCGAAGCUAUUGAUGCAUUUAUUCGGGCCUGCCGUGCUCAUGGCUGGACUGUUCCUCCUGGAUUCCAGGACUUCGCUGGCCCAAGCGGAUAUUGA